AUGGCCCUUUGCUUCCUGGAUCUUCCACGUGGCCUUGUUUCCCUGGGUUCGCUGUCGCGCCCCAUGGGCCUCCCGGUGCUCGGGGCAAAAUUCCUGGAGCCGGCCGCGGCUUGUUUUGAGGCUAUUGCUUGUUUCACGUCUCAUUUCUGGAUCUCCGUGGAACCGGAGGGCAAUGCGACCUCCAUGUCUUUGACCGAAGAGGUGGGGUUUGGCGACUGCGGCUGGCCGACAACCGGCGAGCUGAGCACACCAUCCACCAUCUUCAAUGCCUGCUUGUUCUCCUUGGCUGCCGUUCUUGUCCCACUCCACAUGUGUAUUGUCAUCGGAAUGUUGCUUUCCAAUCCCAUUUACGCAUGCGCAGCGAGAACCCCGACCUCAAAAGGGAGGUCGAAGCGAAGCAGCUUGAAAUAA